UCCAAAAUUUCAAGAUGGCCGCUUACGGUUGUGCUAUUUCACCUUGGAUCGAAAAAGCAAUUCAUUGUUUAUCUAAAAGAGAACCGCUACCAGAUACUCCCGAAGCACGAAUUAUCGAGGUUCUUCAACAGACUACUGUCUACUCUCAGAAUGCUGCACUUUUGUCAGACAACAAAUUCAUGAUCAAAGCAAUUUUCACACAAGCUGCUAUAAAUGACUACCAAUGUGCCGAGCCAAGCCCAAGUGUCUAUUUUAGUGAUCUCAUGAGAGGAGGCAUAGUCACUAUCCAGGAAUAUUCUAUUCAACCCUGGCAUGACAAUAUAAAGGACACAUGGGAACAUGCUGUUUUGGUAGAGCAAUUUACCUAUCUUCCAGGAACAAAUAGUAUAAUCACCAAUCAAGAUGAACUUAUCCGAGUUUCUAAUUAUUCACCCUUCAAGGCCCAACUCAAAAAACUAUGGAGACAUGAGAGACUUCUGAAGUUGCUUGAUUUACAAAGAUCUGAUGGUGCUCCUGUAGAGUCUCUGUUUUCUCUUAUCAAGGGGCAGCACCAGUUUGUGUUCAUAAGUGAAGAAGAACAAAUGAAACUUGAUCAAAUUCCAGAGUUCAAAGAUGGCUACAUCCCGCCGCCAUCUUUAGAUGCCUCUUCCCCUGGCCACUCCUGGACAAGCUCAGGCUCGGUGCGACAGAACUUGCUCUCACAAUUUCAACCAGAAAGCCGAUUGCUUGGGAGGUGCGACGGUACAGCUGAUGAUGCAGAUGCUGUUGAUGCGGAGCCAUGUAUGGAAAAACAGCAUUCCAAGGACUCGGAUGAAGCCCUUGCGAACAUACCAUUACAUGAGAUUGAGCCUAGAGUAGAUGGGGCAAAAGGCGUGGAAAAGACAUUAGAAAAGACUGAGGAACCUGCUAAGAUACCAGGAGUGACUAGUCUUUCAAAACAGCCAUCAAAGAAGCAGAACCUAGACAUUGAAGGACGCCAAGCUAGUAUGGAUGACCAAGUGGCACCAAGAUCUGAAGACGAGCAAGCAGGCAAUUUUCCUUCUCUGGACAAUCAAGCUGUAUGCCCUAGCCAGGAGCCAAGGCAAUCCAUUCGUAGGCCAGAGGGUAUAGCUGAUUCUGUGAAUAUUGAGGCGAUUUGCUCAGGCCAAUGAGCAUUGUCAUCGUUGCACAGUGUACAAGAAAAUAACGCUACGUCCACUGAUAAAACUGUCACAUCAAAAAAUACAGCUGUAGAAAAGAAACGGAAAACCCUCACUACUCAGACUGAUAAGAGUUGCAAAUUCCUGAAAAACGCCAACGGUGAAAAAUCAUCAUGUACAGAAAACGUGUCAGCAAACGAGGUCCUAACGACGCA